AUGUGCCACUUUCAGGUCUCCUCACACUGCUGGUGUGUGUUCCAUUUUUUGUCAUAGGGUGCUGGCAGAUUACGGGCCUCCCAUAGCUGCUGCCAGGCCCCUAAUCUGCCAUGGGCCCCUAUACCGCCUCCUCAUGCUGCUGCCAAGUCCAGAGUCUCUCAUGGGUCCCUGUACGGCCUCCCAUUGCUGCUGUCUCCAUCGCCACACUCUGCCAUGUGCCACUUUCAGGUCUCCUCACACUGCUGGUGGUUUCCAUUUUGUCAUAGGUGUGCUGUAUGGCCUCCCAUUGCUGCUAGCCUCCACCGCCACACUGGUGGCUCCACACUCUGUUUUGGCCCCGUGUACUGCCCAAUGAGUGAAAUGUGCGGUGAUUCUAAGAUCGAUACGGCACUCUCAUCUGCAUGUCAUACUGACUGUCAGUAUUAUUUCUCUUCCCCACAACUCCAAGGGCAUUUAAAUUAAAGGUACAGUGUUCAGCACUAAUAUUA